GUUUUUUUUCCUUUCUCUCUCACCGUUAGUGCGUGUGAUUUUCUCGCACGUCUUACUUCUCUCUCUCACUGUACAAUUAAAACAGAGUACUUACAUCUCGGAUCGUACUCUCAUUCUUUAUUACUGUUUCCUAUUUUCACUCUAUUCUCACAAUUCUUUUUUUCUUUCCAUCAUUUAAUUUAUUUCAAUUUUAAUUCCAAUUCUAAUUCUAAUUCUAAUUCAACCAUGGAGUUGUUGAUCUUCGUUCUGGAUGGAACUUCUGGUUUCAAAUUCGGUGAAUUUUGCUGCUAGUUAGGGGUUUUGAAUCUCUCCACAUGAAGAAGACAUGCGAGGAUAUGUUGUUGACAAUGGCAAUCGUUGCGUAGCAUCUUUAAGACCGGAAAUCCCAAAGAUCGAAGCGUUUACCGGUAACAAUGGGCGCCUCGCCGGCGAAAUUCCUGUUCGGAUUCCUCUUUGUGUCCGUCAUACUAUGGCUUAUUUUCACAUUUGCGUCCAGGUUAUUGGCUUGGUUUCUAAGCCGAGUGUUGGGAGCAUCUGUUCAAUUUCGUGUCGGUGGAUGGAAAUGUUUGAAAGAUAUCAAUGUGAAGUUCAAAAAGGGGGCGGUAGAAUCUGUAUCUGUGGGUGAAAUUAGACUCAGCUUGAGGCAAUCCUUGGUCAAACUUGGAGUUGGUAUUUUUUCUAGGGAUCCGAAGUUGCAGGUGCUAAUAUCUGAUUUAGAAGUUGUGAUAAGAACCUCAAGCAAAAGUGCUUCUUCAAGCAAAAGUGCUGCUAAGAAAAAGUCUCGAAAAUCCCGGGCUUCAGGUAGAGGAAAGUGGAUGGUUGUGGCUAAUAUGGCAAGAUUUUUGUCAGUUUCUGUGACUGAACUGGCUGUAAAGACACCGAAAGCUGCUGUGGAAAUGAAAGAAUUAAGGCUGGAAAUAUCCAAGGAUGGUGGAUCUCAUCCAGCGCUGUUUGUGAAGCUUCAUCUUGUACCCCUGUCUGUUUACCUGGGUGAAUCACGACUUGCAUUUGAUCAAUCAGCAGUUCAUGGGGAAUUGAUGGAGAAAACCUUAGCCCCUUUCAACUGUGAAGAUCUCUCACUCUUGUGCGAAAUUGGUCAUAAUAGGGACACUGGUAUUGUGGUUAGGAAUGUAGAUGUAACUAGUGGAGAAGUUUCUGUUCUCCUGACAGAAGAGCUUUUAGUGAAGAAGAAAAGCUCAAGUGACACAAAUACUCAAGCUGUUCAAGUUUUAAAUGAGGCUAAUGAAGCAAACACCAUAAAAAAGUUGGAGAAAAAGUCACCACUUUUGGCAAUUCCUAAAUUCAUGACAAUGUUCCCCGAAAAGAUUGGCUUCACAUUACCCAAAUUGGACGUGAAGUUCUUGCAUAGGGGGCAUGAUCUUGCCAUAGAUAACAACAUCAUGGGCAUUCAGCUGAAGAGCAUAAAAUCUCGAUCUGUUGAUUACCUCAGUGAAAGUACAAGGCUUGAUGUUCAGUUGGACUUCAGUGAGAUCCAUCUUUUUCGAGACGCUGGAAUUUCCAUGGUGGAGAUAUUAAAACUUGAUGUUAUUUCUUUGGUUUACAUCCCCCUACAGCCUUCUGCGCCUAUUAGAUCUGAAAUCGACAUUAGGCUUGGAGGUACACAAUGCAACUUGUUAGUCAGUAGAUUAGUUCCAUGGGUGCAACUACAUUCUUCAAAACCAAAGAAAAUGGUGCUCCGAGAGGAAAGUUCUAUGCCUGAAAAACCACGUUCAACAGAGCAGAAUGCUGUUAUGUGGACCUGCACUAUGUCUGCCCCAGAAAUGACUAUUGUGCUUUACAAUUUGAGCGACUUACCACUGUACCAUGCUUGCUCUCAAUCAUCUCACAUCUUUGCUAACAACAUAUCAAGUACAGGCACUGCUGUUCAUAUGGAACUUGGUGAGCUUAAUUUGCAUCUGUCUGAUGAAUACCAUGAAUCCUUGAAGGAAAGCCUUUUUGGAGUGGAAGUAAAUGCUGGCUCCCUAUUGCACAUAGCCAAGGUUGGGUUGGACUGGGGCAAAAAGGAUAUGGAUUCACCUGAAGAUGGGCGCAACUGUAAAAUGGUUCUCUCUUCUGACGUAACUGGUAUGGGUGUAUACUUGACCUUUAGGCGGCUUGAAUCCUUAGUGUCAACUGCUUUUAGCUUCCAAUCUCUGCUCAAAAAAUCAUCUGGCUCCAGUAAAAAGCCAGCUCAUGUCAAGGGUGUGAAGUCAUUCAAAUCAUCAGGGAAAGGGAUUCAACUGGUAAAAUUUAAUCUUGAAAGAUGUUCUCUAAAUUUUCGUGGAGAAGUAGGAUUGGAGAAUGCAGUUGUUGAAGAUCCCAAACGUGUUAAUUAUGGAUCACAGGGUGGCCGAUUCGUAAUUAGUGUCUCAUCUGAUGGUACACCUCGCACAGCAGAUGUCAUGUCUACCAUUUCAGAUGAGGUCAACAAUUUGAAGUAUUCUGUUUCGCUUGACAUAUUCCAUUUAGGUUUUUCCUUGAAUAAGGAGAAACAAUCGGCACAAAUGGAGCUUGAAAGAGCCAGAUCCAUCUAUCAGGAGUUUUUAGAAGAGAGCAUCCCUAGAACAAAUAUUGUGUUGCUUGACAUGCAAAAUGCCAAAUUUGUCAGGCGAUCAGGUGGUCUUAAAGAGAUUGCUGUCUGCUCUCUCUUCAGUGCUACUGAUAUAUCAGUUAGAUGGGAGCCAGAUCCGCAUAUUGCGUUAGCUGAGCUUGGAUUGCAGUUGAAGUUACUGGUCCACAAUCAUAAGCGUCAAGUACAAGAAAGCAAGGAUAAUGUUUCUAACCUGAACAUUGAUGAGAAGAAAGAAAUACCUGUGGAUGCUUUACAAAGUGAAAAGCCAAAGAAAAAAGAAUCCAUUUUUGCCAUCGAUGUGGAAAUGCUGCGCAUAUCUGCCGAGGCUGGUGAUGGAGUCGAAACCACUGUCCAGGUCCAGUCGAUCUUUUCUGAGAAUGCUAGAAUAGGUGUGCUUCUCGAAGGACUAAUUCUCGAUUUCAAUGAAGCUAGAGUAUUUAAAAGUAGCAGGAUGCAAGUUUCUCGUGUGCCAAAUACCUCUAGCAAUGCAUCAAAUGGGAAUAUGGAGACAUGUACUGCGUGGGACUGGGUAAUUCAAGCCCUUGAUGUUCAUGUGUGCAUGCCAUACCGGUUGCAAUUGCGAGCAAUUGAUGAUUCCGUUGAAGAAAUGCUGCGAGCGUUGAAGCUCAUUACUGCUGCUAAAGCUAAGAUGCUGUUUCCAGUAAAAAAAGAGGGCCCAAAGACAAAAAAGGCCAGUUCAGCCAAAAUUGGGCGGGUUAGGUUCUGUAUUCGUAAACUAACAGCUGAUAUCGAGGAAGAGCCCUUACAGGGUUGGCUCGAUGAACAUUAUCAACUUUUAAAAAAUGAGGCCUGUGAAUUAGCUGUGAGGUUAAAGUUCCUUGAUGAUCUGAGCCUGAAAGCUGGUCAAAGUGCUGGAGCUAACGAUAAAAAUGAUUCUGUUCACGAGAGCAAGAUUCUUUGUGAGGGAGAGGAGAUAGAUGUUCAAGAUCCUGAAUCUAUCCAGAAGUUACGAGACAAGGUUUAUAAACAGUCUUUCCGUUCGUAUUAUCAGGCUUGUCAGAAACUGGUGCCAUCACCUGGAUCUGGGGCCUGUAAGGAGGGUUUUCAAGCGGGCUUCAAGUUUAGCACUACCAGAAGCUCUGUGCUAGCGAUCGUGGCCACUGAGUUGGAUUUAAGCCUGACGAGAAUUGAUGGUGGUGAUGCUGGAAUGAUAGAAGUUCUGCAGAAACUUGAUCCAGUCUGUCGUGCACACAACAUUCCAUUCUCUCGUCUCUAUGGGAGCAAUAUCUUGCUGCAAACUGGUUCUCUUGUUGCUCAACUAAGAAAUUACACUUGUCCAUUAUUCGCUGGAACUUCUGGUAGAUGUGAGGGUCGUCUUGUGUUAGCUCAGCAGGCCACAUGUUUUCAACCUCAAAUUCGUCAAAAUGUCUUUGUUGGGAGAUGGAGGAAAGUUUGCAUGCUUCGUUCAGCCAGUGGUACAACACCACCCGUGAAGACAUACUGUGACCUGCCAAUUCAUUUCCAGAAAGCUGAAAUUUCCUUUGGCGUUGGUUUUGAACCUGUUUUUGCUGAUGUCAGCUAUGCUUUUACUGUUGCACUACGUAGGGCCAAUUUAAGCCUUAGAAACCCCAACCCAGAUGUCCAACCUCCCAAAAAGGAAAAAAGUCUGCCUUGGUGGGAUGAAAUGAGAAACUAUAUCCACGGGCAUACUACUCUGUACUUGUCUGAGACAAAGUGGAAUGUACUUGCAACUACAGAUCCCUAUGAAAACUCUGACAAGCUUCAGAUUUUUUCGGGUUAUAUGGAGAUCCAGCAAUCAGAUGGCCGUGUUUAUAUCACUGCUAAGAAUUUCAAGAUUUUAGUGAGCAGCUUGGAGAAUUUGCUGAAAAACUCCAGCUUAAAACCUAUCAGCUUUUCAGGGCCUUUUCUGGAAGCACCCACUUUUAGUAUUGAAGUCAUAAUGGAGUGGGAUUGUGAAUCAGGAAACCCACUGAAUCAUUAUUUAUUUGCGCUUCCUGUUGAGGGUGUACCUCGUGAAAAAGUUUAUGAUCCCUUUCGGUCUACAAAUCUAUCCUUGCGCUGGAAUCUAUCACUUAGGCCCUCUGUUCCCUCUUCUGAUAAUGGGUCAGAAACCUCAGCUACAAAAGGUGAUCAUCUUCUCCUUGAUGGAGCUUCCUAUGGCCCGUUUGCAUCGACAAAUGCCUCGACAGAUUCCCCCACUGUCAAUCUUGGACCUCAUGACUUGGCCUGGCUAAUAAAGUUUUGGAAUUUGAAUUACCUUCCUCCUCAUAAACUGCGUAUGUUUUCAAGAUGGCCUCGUUUUGGAGUCCCUAGAAUUCCUAGAUCCGGUAACCUGUCAAUGGACAAGGUAAUGACAGAAUUCAUGUUCCGGGUUGAUGCAGCUCCUACAUGUAUAAGACAUAUGCCUUUAGACGAUGACGAUCCUGCAAAGGGGCUGAACUUUAAGAUGAACAAGUUGAAAUAUGAACUCUGCUUUAGUAGGGGUAAACAAAAGUAUACUUUUGAUAGCAAACGUGAUACUCUUGAUCUUGUGUAUCAAGGUCUGGACCUUCACAUGCCAAAGGUAUAUAUAAACAAGGAAGAGUGUUUGAGUGUUUCAAAAGCAGUUGAAUUAUCUAGGAAAAGUUCACAGUCUGCAUCAGUGGACAGACUUGCAAAUGAUAAGAGCAGUGUUUUGAGUGGUAUUACGGAGAGGCACCGUGAUGAUGGAUUUCUUUUAUCGUCUGAUUACUUCACAAUCAGAAGGCAAGCACCCAAAGCUGACCCGGUUAGGUUAUUAACUUGGCAAGAAUCUGGUCGGAGAAAUCUUGAGUUGACAUAUGUCAGGUCUGAGUUUGAAAAUGGGAGCGAAAGCGAUGAGCAUACAAGAUCUGAUCCAAGUGAUGAUGAUGGGUAUAAUGUUGUUAUUGCUGACAAUUGUCAGCGUGUUUUUGUUUAUGGUCUUAAGCUUUUGUGGACUCUAGAGAACAGAGAUGCUGUUUGGUCCUGGGUAGGUGGAAUAUCUAAGGCAUUUGAAUCUCCAAAACCAUCUCCUUCUCGAUUGUAUGCCCAAAGAAAGCUUCUUGAGGAGAAUCAGGCACCUGACAAAUCUGAAAUAAAUGAAGAUGAUAAAAGCAAGUCUGCGUCUGUGAGUCCUGUUGGAAGUUCUUCGCCACAGAAUAUGGAGUCAUCAAAAUCCCAAUCACCUCCAUCAAAUAAUUUCCCAGUGGAGAAUUCUCUUUCUGGUGCAAUUGUGAAGCCGCCUUCUGAAGAUUCUGAGGGGGAGGGGACCCGUCAUUUCAUGGUUAAUGUCAUUGAACCACAGUUCAACCUUCAUUCAGAAGAAGCCAACGGUAGAUUUCUUCUGGCUGCUCUUAGUGGACGUGUUCUAGCUCGUUCAUUUCAUUCAGUCCUGCAGAUUGGCUUGGACAUGAUUGAACAAGCACUUGGAGGAGGAAACGUUCAGAUUCCCGAAUCUCAACCUGAAUUGACUUGGAAUCGUAUGGAGUUCUCUGUGAUGUUAGAGAAUGUGCAAGCUCAUGUUGCUCCAACUGAUGUUGAUCCUGGGGCUGGAUUGCAAUGGCUUCCGAAAAUUCGCCGGAGCUCACCUAAGGUGAAGCGAACUGGAGCGUUGCUUGAAAGGGUUUUUAUGCCUUGUAACAUGUAUUUUCAAUAUACAAGGCACAAAGGAGGAACUACAGAUCUGAAGGUGAAGCCCUUGAAGGAGCUCAUAUUUAACUCACAGAACAUCACCGCAACCAUGACAUCUCGACAAUUCCAGAUUAUGCUUGAUGUGUUGACUAAUCUGCUCUUUGCUAGGCUUCCCAAACCUCGAAAAAGCAGCCUUUCAUAUCCCACGGAGGAUGAUGAUAUUGAAGAGGAAGCAGAUGAAGUGGUUCCUGAUGGUGUGGAAGAGGUAGAGCUGGCAAGAAUUGAACUUGAACAAAAGGAUCGUAUGCAGAAAAUAAUCCUGGAUGACAUUAGGAAACUCUCUCUUCUAAAUGAUGCUUCUGGAGAUGCAAAUAUUGGAAAGGAAGAUGAAUUAUGGAUGAUAGUUGGUGGAAGGACCAUUCUAGUGCAGAGACUCAAGAGAGAACUUGUGAAUGCGCAAAAAUCUAGAAAGGCUGCCUCAGCCUCUCUUAGAAUGGCUCUGCAAAAGGCUGCACAGCUACGCCUCAUGGAAAAAGAGAAGAACAAAAGUCCAUCUUGUGCCAUGCGCAUCUCACUACAAAUUACUAAAGUUGUCUGGAGCAUGCUUGUUGAUGGCAAAUCUUUUGCAGAAGCUGAAAUAAAUGACAUGAUAUAUGAUUUUGACAGAGAUUAUAAGGAUGUAGGUGUUGCUCGGUUCACAACAAAAUACUUUGUCGUGAGGAACUGCCUGCCCAAUGCCAAGUCAGAUAUGCUGCUGUCAGCAUGGAAUCCUCCGCCUGAAUGGGGAAAAAAAGUGAUGCUUCGGGUGGACGCAAAGCAAGGUGCUCCAAAAGAGGGGAACUCUCCUCUUGAACUAUUUCAGGUGGAGAUCUACCCCUUAAAAAUUCACUUGACUGAGACAAUGUACAGAAUGAUGUGGGAGUACUUCUUUCCUGAGGAAGAACAGGAUUCCCAAAGGCGUCAGGAAGUUUGGAAGGUUUCUACUACUGCUGGUUCUAGACGAGUGAAAAAAGGAUUAUCAUCUCAUGAUGCUUUGGCGCCAAACAGUUCAACAAAAGAUUCUGAUGUAGUCACCAAAUCAAGUACAUCUACAUUACCAGUAUCUUCAGCGACCAACUUGUCUGUUAACGUUGAUCCUUCGCAACCAUCAAAAUUGCAGAAUCUCAAAGCAAAUAUCAUGUGUGGAUCAACUCCAGAGCUCAGACGAACAUCUUCCUUUGAUAAAACAUGGGAAGAAUCUCUGGCAGAAUCUGUGGCUAAUGAACUUGUGCUACAGGCUCAUUCUCCGAGUAUCUCGUCUUUGAAAACUGGUUCCUUUGCUAAUGAUGAAAUUUCAGAUGAACAGCAUAAAAACAAGAACCGAGAUGCCAAGACUGUGAAACCUGGACGAUCCUCUCAUGAGGAGAAAAAGGUAGGAAAAGCACCAGAGGACAAGAGAUCUAGACCUCGAAGACUCAGAGAGUUCAACAAUAUCAAAAUAAGUCAGGUUGAGCUUCUGGUUACGUAUGAAGGAUCGAGAUUUGCUGUGAGUGAUUUACGGUUGCUUAUGGAUACUUUUCAUCGAGUUGAAUUCACUGGCACCUGGAGGCGGCUAUUCUCCAGGGUUAAAAAACAUAUCAUCUGGGGAGUCCUCAAGUCCGUCACAGGGAUGCAGGGAAAGAAGUUUAAAGACAAGGCACCAAGUCAGAAAGAAGUCACGGCUGCCAGCGUUCCUGAUAUCGAUCUUAAUUUUAGUGACAGCGAUGGGGGAUCAGCUGGGAAGUCAAAUCCCUAUCCAUUAUCUUGGCCCAAACGUCCCAGUGAUGGAGCAGGGGAUGGGUUUGUCACUUCCAUAAGGGGUCUUUUUAAUUCUCAGCGCCGAAAGGCAAAGGCUUUUGUCCUACGGACAAUGAGGGGAGAAGCAGAUAAUGAGUCGCAUGCGGAUUGGAGUGAAAGUGAAGCAGAAUUCUCACCCUUUGCUAGACAGCUAACAAUUACCAAAGCAAAGAGAUUAAUUAGAAGGCACACAAAGAAGUUCCGCUCUCGGGGACAGAAAGGUGCAACUUCUCAGCAGAGAGACUCGCUUCCCUCGUCACCGAGAGAAAUGACAACAUUUGAUACUGAUUCUUCAAGUGAAUCUUCACCAUAUGAGGAUUCCAACGAGUAGCAGGGAUUGUAUCUGAUUUUAGUCUUCUCUGGCCAACAAGAUAACGUAAAUUUUGACCUUUCAGAUCCAUAACUAUUUGAAGACUGGCUCCGGAGAUCCGGAGACAAAUCCAUUGUCCUGGGAAAAAAAAGCUCCAUACAUAUUGUCAGGGAGCCACAUGAAGGACUGAAAAUUCACCAAGAUGGAGUAUACCCGUGGACCUCCUUCUGCAAGGAUGUAAAUUGUAGCUUGGGAAGGGGGAAUCACUGUUUUUGCAACAGUAGCGUACAAAUUAGAAAAAAGAAAGAGACAGAAAGAAAGAAGACAAUUGAGAAUAGAGCACAUUAGAUUUUGGCUCUUAAGAGUCCAUAGAUUUGAAUGCCUUUUCUGAUCUGCUUAGUAGCAGACUGAAUAAGGUGGUUCUGAGGAUGUACAUAUUACGGAAUUCGAAAUUGGAAAGAAAUAAAGUGAAGUUCCAGUCCCCCGUUGUUUCCAAUCUAGGACAUGGAUUCUGGUUUUAAACCAUCCAUGCAUUGUUCACUGUUACUUUGAGUAUCACCGGUGAGUAAAGCUUUUAGUUUUGUUGUCACAACAGAUAAGAAACUGUAGCCUACAACACGAUUUUACUGUAGCU